AUGGCUGAGCCCCUUCACACCAAGGUCUGCAUCAUUGGCAGUGGCCCCGCCGGCCACACGGCCGCCAUCUACGCGGCACGCGCCGAGCUGAAACCCGUCAUGUUCGAGGGAUUCCUUGCCAACGACGUCGCCGCGGGUGGCCAGCUCACCACCACCACGGAUGUCGAAAACUUUCCCGGCUUUCCCGAGGGCGUCAUGGGUCAAGAGAUUACGGACCGCUUCCGUGCUCAGAGCGCGCGCUUUGGGACUGAAAUCUUCACCGAGACCGUGUCCGAUGUGGACCUCAGCGCCAAGCCCUUUGUCAUUAAGAGCGGCGAUCGUACCGUCACGGCCGACACGGUCAUUGUGGCAACCGGCGCCGUCGCCCGUCGCCUCCACUUUCCCGGCGCCGAUACCUUUUGGCAACGCGGCAUCUCGGCCUGUGCCGUCUGCGAUGGCGCUGCCCCCAUCUACCGCAACAAGCCCCUCAUUGUCAUCGGCGGUGGCGAUAGCGCCAUGGAGGAGGCCACCUUCCUCACCAAAUAUGCUUCCAAGGUGUACAUUGUGCAUCGCCGCGAUGAACUCCGCGCCUCCAAGAUUAUGCAGAACCGUGCCAUGAACAACCCCAAGGUGGAGUUUGUGCUCUCCGCUGAGGUUGUUGAGGCGCGCGGUGACAAGCUCAUGACCAGCGCCAUCAUCGAGGACAAGAAGACGGGCGAGAAGCGCGAGGUCGAGGCCAACGGCAUCUUUUUCGCCAUUGGCCACGAACCUGCCUCCGCCUUCCUCAACGGCCAGCUCGAGCUUGACGAGGAUCGCUACAUUGUGACCAAGCCCGAUUCAACAGCCACCUCCAUCCCCGGCGUGUUUGCCUGCGGUGACGUUCAGGACAAGAAGUACCGCCAGGCCAUCACCGCCGCUGGCACGGGCUGCAUGAGUGCGCUCGAGGCUGAGCACUACCUCGCCGCUCUCGAAGACUCCCAGUAA